CAAUAACAUUAAUUAUACCAUAUGUAAUGACUCAAAAGUAAAUCUUUCAUGAUACCAUGGAAAUUUAUCCUCUAAUGCUACAUCAUUGAAUUAAUGUAAUCGUCUAUAUACUCGAUAUACAAAGCACCAAUAUAAAUAAAACUAAGACGUAAACGUAUCUAGAAUUAUAAUUACUGUAAAUAAUAUAUCUAUAAUUCUAUGAUAAAUUGUAAUAAGAUACCGUAAUUUUACGAAAUUUUUGAUUAUUUUUAACAUUUUUGUCUUUUUUUAUUAAUUUAUUAAAUCACGAGGCAACGCUCCAUGAUGUUAUGAAAAAAAAUUGAAUCGACUGCGUAUAGUUUAUAGUUCGUGCAAUCUGUUAAAUAAUAUUUUAUAUAUAUAUUAACGAUUUAAUAAUAUUUCGCGUACGUAAAAAAGAAAUAUAAUAUUUGAAUUGAAUUUUGGAACAUUGUAAGAAUUUAAAUGUUAAUGAAAAUGUUAAAUUUAUUUAAGUUACAACAAUUUAUAAUGUUUCUUCAGGACUGCAAAAAUGGGACACAUUAAUUAAAUCAUCGCACGUGACAUAAGUCAGUACGAAAUAUUUCUAUCAUUAGAUCUAUAAUAAUCCAUAAAGUUUAUCUUGAUGUUGUGUCCACGGUGUAAUUUACGUAUUUACAAUUAUACGAAUAUUUAAAUAAUAUAUCGAUAUAUAAGAGCUGUAAUAAAACAAUGUGAAAGCCUAUCAUCAAUCGUUACAUGUAUGUGCGUGUGUGCGCGUGUGUAUACAUAUACAUAUAUUGUUUUUUCUUUAUUACUUCAUGCUAUUAAAGAAAAAGACACGUCAGAUAAUAUAUCUCGGUGUAUAAUAUAAGCAUCGUAUUUCUGAAAUAGAAAUAAAGAACCAAAAAGAAAUAAUGCAUUACAGUUUAGUUUACACUAAUGCGGUCUUGAGAAGACCGCGUUCGAUACGAAAAAGACUGUACAAACUAUACAGUUUGAAAUGAGAUAGGAUGCAGUGCUAACAUUUAAAAAGUUUUAUUGGAAACUUAUCUAUAUCGUUUCAUCUAUCGAUAUUUUAAAUGAUGCCAAAUGAUAAAAUUAUAUUUGUUAACUUUCCACGAUGAUAAGAAUAUCGGCUAUUCUUGCCAAUUUUGUAGAUGAGACAAAGGUCAUGGCAAAAUGAAAUUUAUUAUCGGACAAUGAAAGUUUUAUCGUCUUAAGUGCUUCUCACGUUACUAAUGCGUGCCGAUUAAUUCAUCAUUCGUAUGUCAAUGAAGGUCAUUGAAUAUGAAAAUAAACGAAAAGUGGUAAAGUCAAUUCGUAAGAAAUUGAUGGUACAGAUUCCGUUCUAGAUUUCGUCCAGAAUACUGCGUUUCUUGAACAUUUAUAUUAAGAGAAUAAUUCAAACAAGGUUAUGUUCGCAAUUUUACUUCAUUCAUUUGAUUAAUUAAAUAGUGUUUGCAUCCUUGAUUGCGUGCUCGUUUAUGAAAGGAAGAUAGAAAUGUGAUAGUAUUGGCAAAGAUAAAGCACGCAAUCGAACCAGUUCAAUAUGUUUAUUGUUCGUUUAAUAAGGAUCUUUGUUAAAUAAUAAUAAUAAUCUUUUUUUUGUGUUAAUAUAUCAACAUCAUGAAAAUGAUAGUGUCGUUGACAUAAGAGCAUGCGCGAUCUUAUUUUUAGUAGCUCGAAUAUCGUGUAGUUAAUUAUAUUGAAUUCAGUGAAUACAUAUUGACACGCAACUGUGGACAUCGGUACAACCACUAUCAUUUUAAGUAUGCAUCAAAGUCUAGUCGAAGCCAGUCUGCAUUAAUGCUUCAUCUUCGACAGAGUUGCAUCUUUUUUAGAUUCGUGCGGUUAUGAUUACCAUUUAUUCGAUUAAAAAGUAUUGAUAUUAUAGCCAGUGGAAUAAAUUCUUUUUGCCAUAAUGAUACCUGGAAGAAUAUUAAUGUCUUCCUUUUUAUGGAAACAAUUUAAACAUCGUUUGCAGCCUAAACAGUUAAUCGCUAAACAAAAUAAGGCUGUUAUGCUAAUAUCUCCCAGAUUGUUAUCAACUUAUGAAGUUACAAAAAAUAUUAAAUUCAUUUCCCAAGAUAAUGAUCUUAAAAUAUUAAAAUAUUCAGUACAAAGUUCUAAUUCAUUAGAAAAACGACCUUUGCUAGUUUUGCUUUGUUGGCUUCUAGCUAAAGAAAAACAUAUUAUGAAAUUUGCUGAUCUGUAUUUACAACAAGGAUUUGAUGUUACAUUAGUAACAAUCACUCCAUGGCAACUUAUGUGGCCUGAAAAAGGUUCCAGGUUAAUUGCAGUAGAUUUGUUGACAUUUUUAUUAAAGAAUCAAGAUUAUCAACAAAUUAUCUUACAUGGAUUUUCUGUAGCUGGCUACAUGUGGGGCGAGGCUUUAACUUAUAUUCAUGCUGAUCGCGAAAAAUAUAACAAUGUUGUUGAUAGAAUUAUUGGUCAUGUAUGGGAUAGUGCUGCGGAUAUUAACGAAAUAGUUGUAGGCACACCACGUGCCAUUUUUCCUAAUAAUCCUUUGUUACAAUCUAUAAUACGAAAGUAUUUAAUCUAUCACAUGAAAGCAUUCUAUAAACAAUCUACACAGUAUUACCUUCGUUCUAGUCAGAUGUUUCAUACAAAUUUGAUACGGAGUCCAGCACUUAUUUUCGUAAGUAAUACUGAUCCUGUGGGUUUAGUAAGUAGUAACAUGAGAGUACGAGAUUCCUGGGAUUCCUUAGGUACAAAGACUUAUAUUAAAAUAUUUGAUGGAUCACCCCAUGUAGGACAUUAUCUAAAAUAUCCGAAAGAAUAUGUUGAAGAACUUAAUGCAUUCUUAGGAAUGUUAAACUUAAUCAAAGAUAAAGAUAAAAUCACAGCUCAAGGCUAAACUGAAAUAAAGCAUUGAAUAUAAAUAUUUUCAAUAUAUUUAUAUUCAUAUAUUCCUAUAUGAUAUAAAUGCACCAUUUAUCAUAAUUCAGUAUCCAUAUACGUAAUUAACUAAUAUCAAUUGUGCAUUAUCACAUAAAAACCUAAUUAAACAAAUCAGUAUGGUUGAAAAUUUUAAUUUUAUAUAAAUAAUCAUCUCAUUAAUGAGAUUGUAUAUUUUAUAUAGGGAAUAAAACGAUUUUGAUUAUUUAAGGUAGAAAUAAUA